AUAGUAAAUAUAUUCUCAAAUGUACAGUACUUUCUCAUUAAACCACAGUUGAGAUGGAAAAUAAGCUUUGGCGUUUUAUUUUGAAAAUAUCCAUCCAGGUUGUUCGACUUCCGGAAGAAAUGCCCAGGGAACAAUGGCCGCUGCUUUAACCGCCAGAUAACUUUAAAAAGUUAAAAAUGGCUGACAGCUCUGUGUUCCAAUCCGAGGUGAAGUCCAUCGUGGAGACGCUCGUAUUGACGGCGGUCGAUGUUCUCGGAGUUUCGGACGAAGGGACCGAAAGAACGAAGCGGGUUGUGAGACGUGAGCCAGAUUUUGUGGACAUCUUGACGCGGGAGGCAGCCAGGAAGAUCAGCAGCAUUUUCUCUCAGCUCUCCCUGUUGCUGCUGUCUGAAAACUCAGCCCUGAAGGCCCGACUGGAGCGGCUGGAGGCGGAGCUGCAGAGCGUGUCCGAAGGUUUGCGGAGCGCCACGCUGUGGAGGGAGAACGUGCUGAACGGCUGCCCGGUGCUCUUCGAGCAGAGCGGCCAGAUCUUCACCCUCAAGCCGUUCGGGAGGCUGAAAAGAACGGCGGACGAUGCCGGUCCUCCUGCAGCUGCUGCGGAGGUCGAAGACGGUGGAGAGACGCUGGAGGAGAUGCCUUCAUCGCCUCCUGCUGAACAUGAAACAAGAAUCCCCGAACCGGAGACGUCCGACUCCCGCGGCGCGCAGGAAGCGGCGCGCGCGGCUACGGGGAAGGUGUUUGUGUGCGAGCUCUGCGAGAAGAGCUUCAACCGUCGCUUCCACCUGGCGAAGCACAUGAACACUCACAGAGAGCAGCGGCCGUUCGCCUGCGACCGCUGCCCCAGGAAGUUCAGGACCGCGGAGAACCUGGAGCAUCACCUGCUGCGGCACGAGGAGAAGACGCACGCCACCUUCAAGUGCCAGCGCUGCGAGAAGUCGUUCAGGACCAAAGUGAACCUGAAGAGCCAUCAGCUGGUCCACAGCGACAGCCGGCCCUUCAGCUGCGCCGCCUGCGGGAAGGCCUUCAAGACGAAGCACAACCUGCGGGCGCACCAGGCGGUGCACCUGGCGGAGAAGCCGCACAGGUGCUCCGAGUGCGGGGAGAGUUUCCGGCACGCCGUCAGCCUGCAGUGCCACCGCAGCGUCCACACCGGCGAGCAUCCCUACGCCUGCGCCGCGUGCGGCAAGACCUUCUCCAGCCGGCGGUCGCUCGGGACGCACCAGGCGGUCCACCGGGGGAAGGCGUUCACGUGCGAGACGUGCGGCGCGGGCUUCACCCUCCGGCAGAACCUGCGGCGACACAUUCGCAUCCACACGGGCGAGAAGCCGUUCGCCUGCAAGGUGUGCGGGCGGAGCUUCGCGCAGGGCGACAAGCUGAAGGCGCACAUGCUUCUCCACGGCGCCGCCAAGGCGUUCAUGUGCGACCUGUGCGGCAAGACGUUCCUGUACAACUGCCAGCUGAGGAGGCACCAGAGGGCCGCUCACGAGGAGAAGCAGGCGCGGAGGAGCCGGCCGGGUCCGGAGCGAGGCCAGCGGCGGGUCGUGUGCCGGCGGGACAAAACGACGGUGGACCUGACGCCGUUCAGCUGCGGCGCCUGCCGCAAAGCCUUCGACAGCGCCGCCACGCUGAAGAGGCACGAGCUCGUCCACGCCGCCGGCACGCGGUACACCUGCGACCAGUGCGACAAGUCCUUCUUCUACAAAGCCACCUACGAGUACCACCGCAGGGUCCACGCCGGGGAGCGGCCGUUCGCGUGCGACGUGUGCGGCAGGCGCUUCGUCGUCCGCCAAGCCCUCAAGUCCCACCAGCUGCAGCACUCCGGGGAGAAGCCGCACAGGUGCCAGCAGUGCGGCAGGGACUUCAGGAUCUACACCAACUACCUCCGACACCUGCGGGUCCACACGGGGGAGAAGCCCUACGAGUGCGAGGUGUGCGGCACCCGCUUCCGGCAGCUCGGACACGUCAAGUUUCACAUGCAGGUCCACACGGGAGAGCGGCCGUACUCGUGCGGCCGCUGCGGCCUCGGCUUUUCAGACCCCAGGCUGCUCAGGAAGCACAACUGCAGCGAGAAAUAGGAGGAGAGGGACGGAUGUGGGGAAUGUAAAGACUUAUCAACAGCCCGGGGUGGCGUGCACUUUCACAUUUGAACCUUUUAAGAUAAGAGAUAAAGAGAGACUUUAUUGAUCUCACAGUGGAGAAAUUCACGUGUCACAUAGGCUCAAUAAUCAAAAGAAGGUGCCAAAAUGAGGAAAAGGUGCAUGAGGUCUAUGCAGUGUGUCAACAUGUAUACUGUGGAUCGAGAGAAAAUAAAAUAAAGCAGAGAUUUAAGAUGACUUAUGUAUAUUUAGGUGACUUAUAUACAUAUGGAUUUGGCGUUGUGCAUUAAAG